UCCUUCUCGUACAAAAUUUCCUCUUCCUUCCCGUUCGUGGUUGAAUGUCGCCUCUUUAAUAACAACAAGAAACCGCUACAACUUUUACACUCAGAAUAAAAACACACUCUGACUGACACACACACACACACACACGCACGCACUCACACGCCGCGGAAUGGAGACUGGGGAGCGCUGCAAACGGAAGCUCUAGCGGUGGUGAGUGAGGAUCAGUCCAUUUUCGAGCCGGCAUUUGGCAGCAUGAAGUUUGAGAUCACGUCUCCGGCAGCGCAGGCCGGAUUCAGACAGGGCUCAGAGGAAAGCACAGAGUCCGAGUGUACAAACACGUCAGCAAACAAUCCUGCGAAGAAAACCGAACAUGUCAAUGGAGCUAGUCGUGAGUCUCCAGUGGAGGUCAGUGCUGCUAGAAGAAGCCGUCACAUCAGCAGUAGCGACGGAGGACAACAGCCGUAUCAACCGUCUUACCCAGAGCCGAGGACGAGUCCACAGAGCACCACGGAGGAGAAACGAGUCAUCGUCCCCGCAGACCCUGAGGUUUGGACUCAGGACCAUGUGCGUCAGUGGGUGGAGUGGGCGAUUAAAGAGUACAGCCUGGUGGAUGUGGACGUGUCCCUCUUCCUCACCCUGGACGGCAAGACGCUCUGCAAGAUGUCGAAAGAGGACAUGAUGCGUCUCACCUCGCCCUACAACACCGACGUCCUGCUGUCACACCUCAACUACCUCCGCCAGAGUAGUCCGACCUUCUCGUACCCAACGACUCCCACCAACACGCAGCCCCCACCAAGACUACAGGUCAAAGCCGAAAACAGUUAUGAUGAGAUCAGUAGGAGAAACAGCUGGUCAUCUGGGUCCAUGACUGUUCCUAAAGGUUCUCCAGCAGAGCAGCAGCACAACAGCAGGAUCUCAGACCCUUCACCCAGAAUCACUCAAGAUCCGUACCAAGCAUUAGGGCCAAUCAGCAGCCGCCUCGCUAAUCCAGGUUCAGGUCAGAUCCAGCUGUGGCAGUUUUUGCUCGAGCUCCUGUCAGACAGCGGCAACGCCAACAUUAUCACCUGGGAGGGAACGAACGGCGAGUUUAAGAUGACCGACCCGGACGAAGUGGCCAAGCGCUGGGGCGAACGUAAGAGCAAACCCAACAUGAACUACGACAAGUUGAGCCGCGCCCUGCGCUACUACUACGACAAGAACAUCAUGACCAAAGUGCACGGCAAGCGCUACGCCUACAAGUUCGACUUCCAGGGCAUCUCUCAGGCGCACCAGAGCCACCCGACUGAAGGCAACGUCCUCAAAUACCAGAGUGAAGUGUCCUACGGUCAGGGCUACCACAGCCACCAGCCCAAAACGCCCUUCAUGAGCAGCCACCCCAUGCCCGUGUCCCCGGGGAGCUUUUUCCCUCCCGGCACCAACUACUGGAACUCGGCGACCGGCGUUGUUUAUCCCAGUUCACCGAUGCCUCGACACCCGGCCACACACUCGCAUUUGAACUCUUUUUAUUGAAAUAAGUUCAGCGUCAGGGGAUGUGUCCUAUCAGAUCCACGGCUGGUUUUUGGAGAUUUAUGUCAUAGAAAAAACUGGUUUUAGUUAUCGAGAACCAAGAAAAGAAUUCGGUCAUUUGGACAAAAAGUUACUGGAUUUCAGCUCGUAUAAUUGAAGUUAAGGGACAAAAUAUCCAUGUUUCAUGGGGUUUAUUUAGAAAUAAAAGCUAAUCUGCUUAAAGAGGAGCCAAGGAGAAGAUGUGGAGUAUAAAGAGGGUCAGAAGCUCAUGUAAAGAACAACAUAAAAGACAAAAAAGACUUCUCUUAGAAUUUGUGUGCGUUUAAAACCUUGAGGAAACCUCGCCUCAAACUGGAGGUCAGAGGAUUGAUUUUGCUAUAGAAGUAAAGUAAUACUCAUGUGAUCGAAUGGCUGAUGAGUCUGUUAACAGUUACUGAAGUUUGAUGGUGAAAACCUUUGAAGUCAGAGAGACACGUUCUCAUCUGAGCUUGUUUUGAUCAGAAUUAUUUAUAUAAUACGACAUCUAUCACGUGUGAAAUUUACCACGAACAGCUUUAUGUGUAUGAUUACAGUACAUCCCAGAUCAGUGCUCUUUUUAUCUGAAAGGGAACUAAAAGGAUUCCGAGGGAACGUGGAGACAAAUAACAAACACAGGACAGAUUAUGAAAUAACACUUUCACUGAAUAAAAACGGUUAAUUGUUUAUUGCAUUUGUUUUACAUUUAUUCAUUCGGAGGAUACUUUUUAUUCGCGUGGAUGUGGAUAUGAACUCACAACCUUCUGGUCACAGGAGACGAACCAGAAACCUGCAGAGUCCAAAACAUGAAGUAAAGAACUUUCUUUUUGAUAUAAACACAACUUUUACUUUGAUAUAUUUCUUGUAGCAGUUACAAUCACAGGCACACACACACACACACACACACACACACACACACAAGAGUGUAAAUAAUAUUUUGCAUAUGGUGUAUAAAUGCCAUCACACAGCCUGAAAUGUCUUUUCUUUCUCCUGUAUGGUUUUUGUGCUCUUGUACAGACUUUUAUAACGUCGCACAGCAUCAUUUAUAUGUAUCAAUUUUUUAACCAAUAAACUAAGCAUGUAUCUCA